GGCGAGAGCCAGGAGGGGCCGGGUGAGGAGGGGCCGCCCGGCUUCACUGCCCGCCUGGAGAAGAUGGUGGACAAGAGCAGCAAGGGCAAACAUGUCAAGGUCUCCAACUCAGGACGCUUCAAGGAGAAGAAGAAAGAACCCAACCCUCGGCGCCACCG